AAGAGUUCAGACAUAUGUCAAGGGCUAUUGAUGUUGUUGUUGUUGUCUUUUUUUAACCAUUAAUAAUUUAUCCAUUGUUCUAUUCUCGAAAAAAUUCUGGAUGUCCACGGUGCAUUUAGCCGAAACCCAAGUCCAAGAUGAGGAAAACGGAUGCAAUUCAUGUUCUUCUGCGGGUAACUUGUCUCGUUCUCGUCUCCAGACCCCACCUCGUCGAGACAAAAAGAGCCUUCCAACCAAAAGAAACGGUAAUUUUGGUUUCUAUGGAUGGCUUGGGUUGGCAGUUUAUCAGCGGUCAAUUUGCAGACACUCCUCAUCUCGACGAGGUCGGCCGGGAGGGCGUGCGAGCAAAACAUCUCUUCAAUGUGGUUCCGACCAAAACCUGGCCAAACCACCACUCUUACAUCACAGGACUUUACCCAGAGAGCCACGGGAUUGUCUCAAAUAAGUUCUGGGAUCCUGUUUAUCAAGAAAAACUCAUUUAUGAUUAUGGCUGUUCAGACCACGACCCGAAGUUCUAAAACGCUUCUGAACCAAUGUUAACGCUACAAAAGCAAGGUGGAAGUAGCGGGGUUUAUUUCUGGCCAGGGAGCCGUGGUUAUCACGAAAAACCCAUUUUCUACGAGAAGCCUUUUUGUAAAGUCGAUUGCAACACGAUUGACCCAAAAGAACUUCCGAAAUACCGUAACAGAACGUAUCCAUCGUGGCUGGGUUAUAAAUACAUUCAUUGUGUCUUCAAUUACACGGAACCUUCCCAGAGCAGAAUAGAUAAAAUUAUCAACUGGCUCAAAUCGGACGAACCACCGCAGUUUGUAGCCCUGUACAUCGAUCACCCGGACUGGGAGGGGCACGAAUAUGGAAGCCAUUCUAAUGAAUACAAACAAGCUAUUGAAAAAGUCGAUCGCGAUGUUGUAGGUUAUUUCGUUGAUCGAUUGCGUGACGAAGAGCUAACAGAAACAGUCAACUUGAUCGUCGUCAGUGACCACGGCUUCAACAACAUUUCUUCGGAGCGACUCAUUAUUCUCGACGAUUACAUCGAUCGGUCCACGUACAUGUUGACGGAAUCUGGGGCACUCGGACACAUUUGGCCGAAAGAUGGUAAACUGGACGAAAUUUACGACAACCUCACCAAAGCCAAAAACCCGCACGUGACAGUUUACAAAAAGGAAGACAUCCCAGAGGAGUACCACUGGAAACACAAUCGCCGCAUCCCUCCCAUAUUUAUCAACCCCGAAGUGAGUUGGGAUAUCGAGCAGUCCCGCGGGAACACUAGCGUGUCCUGGGUUUACGGGACACACGCCUGGCCGCCAAACGAGAGUCGCAGCUAUCCAAUUUUCUUUGCCCGUGGUCCCGCAUUUAAAAAGGAUUUCGAAAUUGCGCCCUUCAAGAUACUCGAUCUCUACCCUCUGAUGUGUCACCUCCUUGGAAUUGUACCUCAACCAAACAAUGGCUCAAUGAAAAAUGUGAUGCCUCUUCUUCUGCAAGACCCUACCGACCCACCAACCACAGGUCUACCCCUAAUCACUAGUCAAGCGGAAGUGACCAUGCAGCGACUUCCGGUUUUAAUGGCUGCAUCUACUUGCUUGCUAAUUCUUAUCUUGGGAACUUUCCAGUAAGCUUAAUUUUUUCCCAGAAAAUUCAA